CAUCAGCUCCGCGCGACGGGCGCCUGACGUGACGUCAUCAUUCCGCCAUGGGGACUCGGCGAGCUUUGCACUUCGUCUUCAAAGUGGGCGAUCGCGGCCGGAGCGCGCGUUUCUACCGCGAGCUGCUGGGCAUGAGCGUGCUGAGGCAUGAGGAGUUCGAGGAGGGCUGCAAAGCCAGCUGCAACGGCCCUUACGAUGGAAAAUGGAGCAAAACGAUGGUGGGCUAUGGGCCAGAGGACAAUCACUUUGUUGCAGAAUUGACUUACAAUUACGGUAUUGGAGAAUAUCACCUGGGCAAUGACUUUCUGGGCAUAACACUUGUGUCCAGCCAGGCCGUGAGCAAUGCUAAGAAAAUGGGGUGGCCCCUCAAAGAAGUUACAGCUGGCAUUUUUGAAGCUGAAGCCCCAGGAGGAUACAAGUUCUACUUGGAAGACAAGGAACAGCUCAAACAAGAUCCUGUGCUAAAGGUAACCCUGGGUGUCUCCGAUCUGCAGAAGUCUGUUAACUACUGGUCUGAUUUGCUCGGGAUGAAAAUAUAUGAGAAGGAUGAGGAAAAACAAAGGGCUUUGCUAGGCUAUGCAGAUAACCAGUGUAAGUUGGAGUUGAAGAACGUUGGAGGAGCGGUGGAUCACGGGACAGCGUUUGGGCGGAUUGCCUUCUCCUGUGCGAAGGAAGAGUUGCCAAACAUUGAAGCACUGAUGAAAAAGGAGAAUCAGAAAAUUUUAACACCUCUGGUUAGCUUGGACACACCUGGCAAAGCCACAGUGCAAGUGAUUAUUUUGGCUGAUCCUGACGGCCAUGAAAUCUGCUUUGUGGGAGAUGAAGCAUUCAGAGAUCUGUCCAAGGUGGACCCUAAUGGUGACAAAUUGUUAGACGAUGCCAUGGCAGCGGACAACAGUGAGAAAUGGUUCGCUGCGCAGAAAAGGAAGAAGGCUUCUGCUUAGCUGGAGAAAAGGACUGGACUGCUCGUUCAUGCCUUGGUUUUCAUCUGAGCGAAAUGCCAACCCUAUGUGACGUGUUGCAUUACUCCUACCAGUAAGAGGGCACAGUAAUGUCCCAUGCUGGUUGGUUUGUUUGAUUUAAGCUUCUGUCUCUUACUGCUGCUCUCUCCUUUCAAGCAAACGGCAUGUUCUCCUUCAGAAAAAUCGGGCUGUGCAGUAAGGAGUACGUGGCUUCAAAAGCAGGGGUCAUCAGUUAAGAGGAAAACCUCCCAUUUCUGCAUUGUUUUUAUUUCAAAAAGAGGUUGCUAGAUUCAUUACAAUAUCUAAUUAUGUAACUAAUUGGCUUUAGCCGUCCUGGAUUUGCAGCUUAGAGAAGAGAUUUUCAGGUAGCUGUGUGUAUCACAGGUACCUCACUUGUGUGGCAAAGUGUCGGGCUGAAGGGAAGGGCUGCGUACGGAAAGCUCGAGCAGUUCAGCUGUCGCAGGGCACGCCUGUGUAUUGGGAACAGAGAAACUGUCUUGCUAAAACACAUGAAUAUUCUAGUCUGGAACAAACCUUACUUUCAUUCCAAGAUGUUUCCCCAGUUUUUGAGGUGAAAUGUUGGUUCGAGAAGCCCAUAGUGCGUUUCUCACUGGGGUCACGUUAUUGCUGUGGUGGUUUCCACCCCUUACCAAGAAGCCUUCCGCGUUCCCAGUGGGAGCCGGGGCCACGCUUCAGCGCGUGUAGCAGCUCUACGCUGUCCACUGAGGCGCCGGGACGCGACUUGGAAUAAUUGUGUUGUGGUUUUGCAAUUAGUUUUUGAUGAGAAAUUGCCUUUAGAAAUAACAGUUCGGGAAAUAAUAACAGAAAUAAUGUUGAAAUGAAGUCACUCUGCUUUUGCUAGUGGAAUAAGGGCUGGGAAUACAGGGAGUAAUUACCAGCAUUGGCCAUGUCAGGCACGCUGCCUGGCUUGUAACCUUUCUUGAUGAAAACCUUGAAUAAUUUUCACGGAGAAAAUUGGGCAAAAUCAGCGGUGUUAGCAGUUGCCGAGGCACGUCAACGCUUGUAGCGAAUAUUCUGACUUUAAACAGGAAAAAUUCCUCACUGUGAUUGUGGUGUUCGAGCUUUUUGGUUCAAGUUCAACGACGCUUGUGAAUCGCGUACUGAUCAAAUUAAAAACGUCACGUGUACGCUGCACCCCUGAAACUGGCGCUGCUGCGUGCCAGCGUCGCCCUUAAACGAAUAAAAGCGAUUCGGGAG